UUCCUUUCUAACGCAUCAGCUGGCAACACUGUGCUUGUUUAUAUUUGCUAACAAUGCCGCGCAAAACCAAAAAAGUGCCAAUUUCAGCAAUUACGACAAAAAAUAAUGAAAUAUAUUUGAAUACUUCUAUAAAAAGUGAAAAUACAAAUUCCAAUCGUAGAGCUUUACGUUCGUCAAAUUUAGAUGUCAACCAAAAUUCAGAAUUAAACACAACAGCUGAGCAGAUUGGCCAAGCGAAAUAUGUGAGCAGCAGACCGACAAGACGCACCAGAAGUGGGAACAGUAAAAUGAAUACAAUGGAGGUUGCCGAAGCAGCACCUGCAGAUAGGAGGCGUAAAACAACUGACGAAGAUAAGGAAAAUGCGGAAGGUGAUGAUAAAAUACCUGAAAAAGUUGGCAAGUUAGAGUCCAAUGAGCAGGAAGUAGCAGGAGAUGAUGAAAAAAUGGCAACCGAUGUGGUAGCCGCGGAGGAACCAAGUGCAGCAGAUAAAGGCACUGAAAAUGUGGAAGCUGCAAACUGUGAUGCAGUUGUGGACCAGUCACCUACAACUGAAGUAAAUAGCAAACCAACUGAAAAUGUCACAACCAGUAAUGAGAAGAGUGAAAAUGAAGCGUCACCGGCACCAACGUCAACUGAAACCACAAACAAAGAAAGCAGAACUGCACAAAGAGCAGACUCCAUUGAAAAACUAACAACGCUGUUCUCCAAUUUAUAUCUGAAUUCAGUGCAACGUUUGUGCUUGGAAUUUCCGCCACGCUGCGCUGAGGAUUUGGUGUAUUGUCGCAAACAACAUUACCAACAACGUUUCAGUGAAAUGGACAAACCAAGCGAAGCGCGUUUAAUGCAGUUACGUUGUACAUUAAAACAACAACGCUAUCUGUCAUUUCUUAAUCUUGCAUUGGAUAUGUGUCAACGGCAUGAAUUCCCCGGAGAGGAUACAUUUACAAACUUAAUUGAAUUGAUUUUGAGCCUCAAUCCCAAAACCGGUGAUGCCACGAGCAUGCACACAUACCACAAAUCUAUUGAGUUGUUCAACUACAUGGUGCGCACAUUUCCACCUUGUUGGCGUGCAACACACACCGCUUACAUUGGCUUCUUUCAACGUCCCUUGGAUGCCGAAAAAUUAAACAACAAAUCGAAAAGUGGCGACAACCGUUUAUCCAAAUCGAAAAAAGUGUUCGACAUAUUACUUGAUUUAACCGAAAUUGUAUUCAACGAAUGCACCGCCGAAGAGCUAUCUAAGUCUACUGAACCCAGCACACCAACUGUGAAAAAUAAUAGAUCGUUGGUGUCGGAAACACCAGAAAGUGAACUUUAUGAUCAUCACAAAUGGGAAGAACGUGACACCGACUUGAAUACUUUUACAGCGCUCAAGGCAACAGUGCGUUUAGAGCGUCUAUUCAUUGUUCUGCGUUUAAUUUUGCAAAUACUCGAAAGUGAUUUCGUCAUGUGGAUGUUGCAUCAUUAUUCGAAAGAUAAAAAUUGGUUAUUCUAUAAUGACAGCCGACCGCUGGCGGUAUUUGUGCUUGGCAUAGCAGAGGAAGCGCAUUUGAGCAAUUUGGGUAGACAGCUGUUCCUACUAUUCGCGUUGGGCGUGAAUAAAGGACUGAAUGUAGACUAUUUAAAAAUACUCGAGCGCUAUAUAUCAUUGCUGUUGGUCAUCAGCAAUACGGCUGACAUUGAACACACUGUUUUGGGCGUCAAAUAUCCGCGUCUCGGUCCAAACACCAAGCAAGCCAUAUACGAUUUCUUUCGUAAAUUCAAAGAUCGCAAUUUAAACUCUUCAAUUGGCAACUACAUCAACGCUAUUGAUGUGCUACGCAUACCGUACGUGCGCUACACAUUUAUCGAUCAAUUUUUGCAAAUGUUUGGCUUUUUGUACGCAGAGGAAUUCUCACCCGAAAAAGUAUUCAACUACAUACGUAAGAAACGUUGGCUUAAACAUAAGAAAGAAGCGGAGCUACAAGCGGCCAUGGAAGAUGCCGGCGAUGUUGUGGAUGAAAUCUCUUGCGAGCAACAUCUCUCACUACUCUUGGCAGCGCUAAAAGCCUACUGCAAAUGGCAUGCUUCGAAGGAAUUCAUGCAAAUAAUAUUGAAUAAGAGUAACGUAAGCAAUUUAAAGAUCACCGCACAUUCCGUGCAUCAUACGCCGAUCGCUUAUGGUGGUCUCUUGAAUUUGGCGCGCAUGGAGAAUGAAAUACAUGCGUUGGAGAGUAAGCUGCGUAAGACGGUGCGUGUGGCGAAACCUCUAAUCGAUUUGCCACUCAUGGAUAUUUGUAUUGAUCAGGAUUUGCGUAUAAAAUAUCGUAACGAUUUGAAAUAUUUAAAUGCUUUGCAAGUCAAAGUGGCCGAGCAAAGUGCGGCACAUCCAGAAGUUGAUUUUAGCGACUGGCAGAUAUUUCUGCUCGACUUCAAAGUGGAUUAAGCGGUUUUGAUUUAAAGCAUUUCUUUCUUUCUUUUAUGCUCCCAGUUAAGAAAUGCUUUUUUAUGAAAUUUAAUUGUGUUAUUAAGUUUAAAAAAUAUAAUAUAAAUGCUCUUAUAAGCUUACUUACCUUUUCUAUGAACUAUGCGUUGCAAAAGUAUUAUAUAUACCAGUGCAUAUAUAUUCUUGUAUAUUAUCCGGUAAACAAUAAACACAUGAUUUUUUUUUUUUUUUUUUGAUUUUAUGACAAUUUUUUUGUACACUUUUCUGCGCCUUAAAACAUACUAUUUCCUUUAUUUGUAUUAUUUUGUUCAUCUUAUGAAUUUAUAUCGCUUACUAAUCAUAUAUUUAAUAAUUAUAACAUUUGUUUUGCUGCAUUUGCUAUAUCUUGUAUUCAAUACAAUACCUUCUAUAAUUGUUUUUUUUUUUUAGCUUAUUAUCAUUGGUAUAGUAUACUGAUUCUUUUAUA